AUGCCACCAAAGAAGAAAUGUUAUGAGCAAAAAUACAACGUCAAGUGGACCAAAGAAAAAAAGGACAAGGCAAUGGCUCUCUUCCAGCUAGACGGGCCCCACCUUUGCCUAUUGCAAACUGACGGAGCGAGCGUUAUGAUGAGCAAGAACAACUCAGUCAUGACUCUCCUCAAGAAGGAGAUUCCUGACAUCUUUGUUCUGACACGUGUGUGCCACUCCUUCCACCUAUGCACGUCGUAUGCCUGCGCGAAAUUUACAUGCAUGAUUGAAGACAUUGUGAGGGACGUAUAUAACUACAUCUCCUUCAGCCCCAAAUGGGUGGAUGUUUUCCAGAAGUUCCAGCGCCUCCUCGAGCUCAAACCCCACAAACCGUUGCACCCCACCCAGACAAGGUGGCUCUCAGUGCACGCAGCAGUCGCUCGUGUUCUUGAGCAGUACGACGCGUUGACAGCAUAUUUCGCAGCAGCGGCUUCAACCGAGCGACUCCUAGUGCCUGCUACGGUUCACGAAAGACUUGUGGACCCCGUCAACAAGCUCAUCUUGGAAUUUGUGGAUUUCAUCCUCCCGAGCUUUACUAACUUAAACUGA